GUUGCAUAAACGCGGAAUCGGCGGUUGUCAAGGAGCAACAGUUUAUGUAGUAGGAUUAUGUAGUUUAUUAGUUAACUCUUUACUCGUUUUCUAAGCAAAGUGUCCUUGUAUCUAUAACCUAUUUCUCAUUAAACCAAUUUGCUUCAGUUACAAAAGUCAUUCAAACAUGAGAGAGGAGAAUGAAAGAGACAGUAAGAAGAUGAAAAGAAAAGCAGGUCCGGUUGAUUUAAAGGCGCCUGGGAAAAAGAGACAGAAAAUAAAAGACAAAAACGAGGGAACGAGCGGCGCAGUGCACAAAACAGACGCUGUCGGUGGUAAAGCUGACUCUACAAAAACCAAAGUAAAGCAUUCUAGCAAAGACAAGGACAAAGGGAAAAAAAAUAAAUCUGCCCACUCAACAGACCGGUCUGAGGAUGAUAAGAAAAACAAUUCAGAUGGUUGCAAAAAUACCUCUGAAAUAAAGAAGAAUGAUAAAGGACAACUUGUGUUUAAAGACCAUCCAGAGUUCACACCUAACAUGACUCCUAAAGAGGUUUUACAGGCAGGCAGUUUUGGGGGUACCUAUUUCAGGCCCAUCUACUCCAGUAUCACAAAGCAACAUUACAAAGAUGUUUGGCAGGAGCUUCCUAAAGACUGGUUGGAUGGACUAAACAUCUCUAAACAGGUGGCUUCAUCCACGUACAGGGAAAACGUGAACACCUAUAAUGUAAAAUGUGGAGGCAGUCUAGAGAUGUGGGAAAGUAGUGGGUGGAUUGUGCCCCAGGAUCCAUAUGGCUGGUUCCAGUGGUACUGCAGGUUUUACCAGGGCAGGAGAACAGCGGACGAUUCACGCCAGAUCAGUCGCUGGGCCAAAUGUGCAGGGGUCAAAGGUCGGUGGCGGAAUAAUCUCAUCACAAAAGUGGUCCGGUCCGGUUGUGCUUAUGACAACCCCACUGUUUCCCCGGUGGUCAGACAGACUCUGCAGCACUGGGGCUACAAACUCACCUUGGAGGAUUAUAAGGAAGGAGCAAAGAGAGUCAAACUCAGAAAGGAUUAACAGACUUCCAAACUGGCCUCGUUCGAUUUAUCACAUUUAUCAGAGAAUAAAGGAAAUAAACUGACAAAACAGAUUAAAUAAUUGAUGGUUUGUGGGACUGAGGGAUUUUCUUAGCUGACUACACUGUGGUAAUAGUACUGCUGUAUUGGUUUUCAUUGGUCAUGUUUUCUGUAAGAUGUUUUGGUAAAUAAAAGUUAUAAUAAUG